GAAACGUUGUCUGCUGCACCAUCUUUAGUGUCCAGCAGAGGGCAGCCUAUUCUCACUAAAAAUUUCAGAGCUCUGCUUUCCUUCAGGAACCUCCUUUCAGCAUUGAUUGUUUUCUUAGUGUCAAGAUUCCAAUGUAAUUUGAAAUCUGGGUUACAUUUCUUUAGAAGCUGUGUUCCUGCAUUGCAUUCUUAGAUUGCUAUCAUUGCAGAAAUUUCUGGAGAAAACCAUGCCCAUCACUUCUGAUCUCCAUCCCAACAGUGAUUGUCUGCAUGGUAGACAACUCACGCUCCGUCUCAACAGUAUUAAGAAAUUAUCAACAAUUGCUCUGGCACUUGGAGUAGAAAGGACUCGAACUGAGUUGCUGCCAUUCCUUACAGAUACAAUUUAUGAUGAAGAUGAAGUACUGUUAGCUCUUGCUGAGCAGCUGGGAAAUUUUACAGGCUUAGUGGGAGGACCUGACUUCGCUCACUGUUUGUUGCCUCCUCUGGAAAGUCUGGCGACCGUGGAAGAGACUGUGGUUCGAGACAAGGCUGUGGAGUCGCUGAGGCAGAUCUCCCAGGAGCAUACUACUGUUGCGCUGGAAGCGCAUUUUGUACCUCUGGUGAAACGCCUGGCGAGUGGGGAUUGGUUCACGUCUCGCACAUCUGCAUGUGGUUUGUUCAGCGUUUGCUACCCCAGGGCUUCAAAUGCUGUCAAAGCAGAAAUUAGACAGCAUUUCCGUUCCUUAUGCUCAGAUGAUACACCGAUGGUACGACGUGCUGCUGCUUCCAAAUUGGGUGAAUUUGCAAAAGUUCUGGAAUUAGACAGUGUGAAAAGCGAAAUUGUCCCAUUAUUCACUAAUCUAGCAUCAGAUGAACAGGAUUCAGUGCGCCUCCUAGCUGUGGAAGCUUGUGUCAGUAUUGCCCAGUUACUGUCUCAGGAAGACCUGGAGGCCUUGGUGAUGCCUACACUUCGACAAGCUGCCGAAGAUAAAUCCUGGCGAGUUCGCUAUAUGGUAGCUGACAAAUUUUCAGAGCUCCAGAAAGCUGUGGGUCCUAAAAUCACCCAAAGUGACCUCAUCCCCGCCUUUCAGAACCUGCUUAAAGACUGUGAAGCUGAAGUACGAGCAGCUGCUGCCCACAAAGUCAAAGAACUUUGUGAGAAUUUGCCUACUGAAGGUAGAGAGACCAUAAUUAUGAAUCAAAUUCUGCCUUAUAUAAAGGAAUUAGUAUCUGACACAAAUCAACAUGUCAAAUCGGCUCUAGCUUCUGUAAUUAUGGGAUUGUCUACCAUUCUGGGCAAAGAAAAUACCAUUGAACAUCUUCUACCUCUUUUUUUAGCUCAGUUAAAGGAUGAGUGUCCUGAAGUUCGUUUGAAUAUCAUCUCCAAUUUGGAUUGUGUAAAUGAAGUGAUCGGAAUUCGCCAGCUCUCUCAGUCUCUCCUUCCUGCCAUUGUGGAGCUGGCUGAGGAUGCCAAGUGGAGGGUCCGGCUGGCUAUCAUCGAGUAUAUGCCACUGCUGGCGGGCCAGCUGGGUGUGGAAUUCUUUGAUGAAAAGCUGAAUUCUUUAUGUAUGGCCUGGCUUGUGGACCAUGUGUAUGCCAUUCGUGAAGCUGCCACCAACAACCUCAUGAAACUAGUUCAGAAAUUUGGCACAGAGUGGGCUCAGAAUGCUAUCGUCCCCAAGGUGUUAGUGAUGGCAGAUGACCCUAAUUACUUGCAUAGAAUGACCACUUUAUUCUGCAUUAAUGCACUGUCUGAAGCCUGUGGUCAAGAAAUAACCACCAAGCAAAUGCUGCCCAUUGUAUUGAAGAUGGCGGGAGACCAGGUAGCAAAUGUCCGUUUCAAUGUGGCCAAAUCUCUACAGAAAAUUGGACCAAUUCUAGACACUGAUGCUUUGCAGGAGGAAGUUAAGCCGGUACUACAGAAAUUAGGUCAGGACGAAGAUAUGGAUGUCAAAUACUUCGCACAAGAAGCUAUAAGUGUGGUGGCUCAAAGGCUGAGGAAGCUAGAUUUUCCUGUGAAGGACAGUGACGAGCCCCGUGCCCCUGGGGCUGACAAGAACCGCUUCCUGAGACCCAGAGAGGACACUGGGAAGGCACAAAGAAACCGAGCGGCUCGGGUGGCUUCCAAGGAGGCAGUAGAGGCAGCCCAGUUUAGGGGUUCGGAUGCAGCCAAGGGACCAGCAUAUCAGUUUCAUGUAAAUACUAAAGACACACUUGCCCAACUGGAAACUGCAGAACUAGUGCAUUUUUCCCAAAGCAGAGACUAAUACCCCGGAUUAAAAAUGAACAUUAAAAAAUAAAGUACCACACAUAUUGCACUUUUUGUCAAAUGAAAUUUUUACCUCAUGGUCAUCUCACCAAAGUCUCUUCAGAGGAGCCUGGUUUACAAGAUAAUAAAGCUAAUGAUUAUUAUACAGUAGUGUACACACUGCUAAUGUGAAACAGACUGGAAAGAAAGUCAUAAUUUCAAAGUAGCCUCUCAAACAGGGCGCUAGGCCUUAGUGUUUCGUUAGUAUUGGGGAAGAGAAGACUCUCUAGGUGGGACAGAGAGGCAGCGGUGGAGGAAACCCCUGACUGACAGACAGAGCUGGCCUGAGCUGGCCUCGCUACUGACGCUUCAGUUAACACCGAUGGCUGUGGAAUUUGACUCUUGCUUGAAAAUAAAAAGGAAAUGCAAACCAGCGCUUACGACUCAGGCACAGCCCAGCAGUCCUGCUGUCCCAGCCCGGCCCUGCGCCUAUCAGCCCAGCGGACCUGGAGCUUCCCACUUCCCAGCUUGGGGUCCUGUGUCCUUCAGCAGCCUCCCCAUGCCUAACUGUCCGGCCUGCCUAACUGUCCGGCCGUAGCUCCUAGUUUUCUGGGCGAAGGGCGCAUGAUCUUUCAGGAGGGCAGGCACGUAUGUCUGUCUGUCACGGUGCCAUUCGACACGCUGAAAUGAGUGGCCAGCACUUUCAACCUGGAAGGCAUCUUAAUUUCAUGAGUAUUAUAGCUCUUCUCUAAUCCGGGAAACAUCCUCCUUCAUCCUAAACAAAUCAGCCCUGUUUUCCGUGGGCUUAUUUUGCAAAGACUUAAAACAGAUUAGAGAUCUUAAUGAAAGGAUCUCUUGAUAAUGUUAUUUCAUGAAAUCAUUCAUUUUAAGCAUGAGGAGGAACAAGCAACCCACCGAAGGAACAUCAUUCAUCCUGAAUUCUCACUGCGUGUGUUAAAUCACAAACGCUGGCAGUCCCCUACCCCACCCUUGCUGACACCCAGUGCCCAAGGCCACCCGGAGCCAGCAGCAAGGGCUGCUCAGGCUACCAGCUGGGGGCUGGGUGGCCAGGGCCGCAGCAGGCCUGCCAUGCUUUUCCUCGCCUGCCUGGACACUCACUACAGAGAGGAAAGGCAACUGAAGGUGUUUCUAGAUGCAGCAUCAGUGCAGUAGCUCUCUUCUUGUGCUUUAAGGAAGAUGCUUUGUGCUUAACACAUUCAUCUGCUGUUUGAAAAGCCAUUCAUAGGACAGAGUGAUCGCCUGUGAAUAAUACUGAAUUUGUAACACUUGGAUAUCCCUGUUCGAAUGACAGAUUACACGUUACUUCUAGGUGUACAGUUGACUAGCUGUAACAUCUAUAUUUUACUUACUUUGAUGAAUGAGUUGUAAGGGCUUUGUCUUACCCUCGUAAUAUCACCUGUUGGGCAGAUGAGCUGCUUAAAUGGUUAACACAUCUGUGGCUUUUUGCAUAUUGCUAUAAUACUUGAACAUUUCACUGCAAGUCAAAACUUCAAGGAAAUUAAGAAUGCGACUCCCACAUGGUGGAAAACAAACUCCGGAGUGACUUUGGAUCUAGCAUUGACAUACAUGGGCAACUUGGUGUCUACAGAGAAGAAAGAAUUAAAGCAUGAUCGGGGGAAGGCACAGCACUACCACUUCACAUGGGAGAGAAAAGUUCAUUUUUCUUGCCCUUAAAAUUUCUAAGCCCUAUAUGAAACUGUCCAAAUAUACAAAGCUGAAGAAACUACUAGCAACAUAUAGUGUAAAGUCAAAGUAGUUAUUACAUUUAAAAAGAGACACUCGGUCCUCCAGAGACCAACUGUCCCAAACCACAAGUCUCCACAAAGGCCGCAGGAAGAGCCUGUCUCCCCGGCUCAGGGCUGGUGCCUCGGCCGUGUCUCCCCAGUUGCCACCGUGGCUGGUGGUUUCUUGCCAGCUGAUCCCACAGGCGGCCUCUCACACGCUGGCCCCGUGGCCCAGGGCACCUUCCAGAGAGGUGUGUCGUAUGCUGCCACUCUCGGGGUCAGCCCCAGCUGUCGCUAGGGACCCCCGAAACACAGCUCACACGCCACUGCUUUGCAGUGGUCUUGGGGACAGCUCGCACCAGCAGCUUAGAACUUAAGGUUCAGUGACUAAGUACAACUUUCCUUUAUAUCCCGUGCUUCAAAUUUCAGUAUGUAUUCUUGGCUUGCCUUAAAGUAACACACUGUUGCUUGGUUUCAGUGAAAGAUGUAUUGCCUUUUUUUGCCCACACAGAAUGGCACGUAUUUCCUCUUUCACAAGGUUCCCCGCAGAAUGAACUGGUGCAGUUCUCUUAAGGCCCAGGUCUGGGUAUCUUCUGCUAAACACAUUUGUCGGUGCGUCCCACAGAGCUUGAACCAUCCGACCUAAGUGCGUGACCUUCAGCCUACAACUAUGUUCCAGCACUUGCCAUGGAAAACUGUGGUGGGGCCCGCUGAUUCCAGUUGGGCGACUUGACUUUUCCCCAUGAGUGAGAGGGCAGGAGGAAAAUAAGCUUCAAAUGUGUAAGGGUGGAACAGAAACAGAAAUGCAUUCUU